AUGGCGGCGCUAACCGAGACAUCGCACGACAGGUUCCAGCACCACGUCGGCUUCGACAACGUGCCCAAUGGCGAGGCCACCAAGAACAACACGCUGUCGCUGACGCUCAACGUCAAGCACAAGGGCUACCAGGCCCGCCGCAGAUCACGGACCUUCAUGGUCGGCGUCGACGAGCACUCGUACUCCGACUAUGCGAUCCAGUGGCUGCUCGACGAGCUCGUCGAUGACGGCGACGAGAUUGUCUGCGUUCGCGUCAUCGAAAAGGAGAUUCGCUACAACGACAAGCAAUACCACGAUGACGCCAACAACAUCAUGGACGCCAUCCUCGCCAAGAAUGGUGCCAACCGCGCCAUCAGCUUUGUCCUCGAGUAUGCCGUCGGCAAGCUGCACGCGACCUUUCAGAAGCUGAUCCAAAUGUACCAACCCGCCAUGCUCAUCGUGGGCACCAAGGGUCGGUCACUCGGCGGCAUCCAGGGGCUAGUCAACGCCCGCAACUCCUUCUCCAAAUACUGCCUGCAGUACUCGCCCGUGCCCGUCGUGGUCGUGCGGCCGACGGAGCAGCGCAUCAAGAAAAAGGUGAAGCGCGCAAAUGAUUCGACGCGCCAGACGUACGUGGGCAUGUUGGCCAAGACGCACGGCCGUCACGAGGCCGACAGCGAAGCCAGCAGCACGUACGAGCUCGAGGUGCAGAACACGCCCGACGAGGAGGCCCAUCAGGUGGCCAAGGUGCUCGGCCUGCCCGCCAAGUUCGACCCGACCAUCAAGCCCCUCCCGUCGAGCCUGCUGCGGCCGCGCUCCAGGCCGACCAGCCCGCACCCAGGGACUGACGCACCCACGCGCCUCGUAGACGCGUCGCCGUCCAGCGAGCGGGGCGAUAGUGACGAGGAGGAAGACGAGGAGGAGGAUGGCUUCGAGGUGGUGGACGGCCAGCAGGCGCUCACGCAGCAGCAGAAGCUGGAGCAGCUGCAUAAGAUGGAGGUGGGAGAGGCCGCCGCGCUGAAGAUGGGUGUCGACGACGACACGGAUGAGUCGGACGACAAGUCGGACACGGCGCAGGGAGCCAAGACGUCUUCAUAG